ACCAUCCUUCUAUUUCCAGAUGCUCAGGAAAAAACAAUUGUACCUACAAGUACGUAGAUAAUUAUGAAACUGAGUGUACCGGCAUCGGAGUUGUCAUGGUUAAGUUCGUGUGCGUCCAAGAAUCCCAGGUACAGAGGUUCUGUAAUGUUAAUGUUAGAAGACCAAAAGGAUACAUCUCCUCUCCCAGAUAUCCACUGUUCUACCCAAAGCUGGACAGUUGCACGUGGAACAUAGAGGGUGAGGAAGGCCAGAAAGUGCUGGUACAGGUUCUAGAUAUUUCCACUACAUUACCUCGUCGUUAUUAUGGUCGGCCAGUUUGUGACGAUAGUCUUACCGUGACAGAAGGAGACAACAGAAACCUCAUGACAACUUGUGGUGAUACAGUGGAUUCUCUGAAGCAAGUGGAAAGUCUGGGCAACAGGUUAAAGGUCAACUUUCAGUCCACUCAGUUUAACCCACUUCGAGGGUUUCUCCUCAGAUAUCAGUUGAAAAACUGCCCAACUCUUUCUGCUCCAAAACUUGGAUAUCUUGUACAUCGCAAUGAUAGUUCGGCUUUGUAUAUGUGUUGCAAAGGUCACGUGUUCAAUGACACAAUGGAAAACGUGAAAGUAUUAUCGUGUAUUGACGGUGAACACUGGAAUUCCGUAUUACCCCCGUGUAUUCCUUAGAAGAC